ACACAGUAGCAAUCCUGGCAUUUGUAGCUGUCCAAAAUGGCUUUUGAAUUGUAAGAGGGAUGAAGCACCGAUUCUUGCCACCAGCAUUGAGAGAAGAAGAAUUGUGCUAAAAAGGCCAUACAAUUCCCUUAAAUUUAUAUUCUAACUUUCAUCUGUUGUGGAACCCAGUAGAGUGUACUUGCAGUUCCCAGAUGGUCAUUCAUCCAUACACUGACCAGACCUACUUGGUUUCAGCAAAGUAAUCUUUUGUUUUUCUUUUAGGAUUUUAUUAAGUAAACAAGUUCAAAUGCUGACAAAACAUACCUGCAAGGUGGUAAUAUUCAGUGCCUUCACAUGAUUCCCCAAGAAUGUCCCCAGGCCAGCUUUAAACUGACUAGUCUAAGCUCUUUCCCACCCAGAUAGUUCUUUCUCUUAAUUGUUUUAAGUAUGGUCUCUGUGAGAAAUAAUAACAUGUAAUAGGUCCCUUUUAUGCAAAUAAGCAAGUGCCUAGGCAUGUUUAUCAUAUGCACACUGCCCCUUGGUUAUAGAUGGCCAACCACAGCACUAUCCCUUGCUGAUACUGUCCAAUAGGUCAGGCGUGGUCCACAUAAAACCAGCUUGCUGUAGUUUAACCCCUGCUCAGUCAUGCCUUUUACCUCUCAGCACUAGUGGUGAGUUACUGGGCAAGCCAAGUUAAUAGCUAACAGGCUGAGCAACUGUGGCCUGGAAGGGCCAAAGGUGGAAGUUCAGAUGCAUAUGGCUAGUGAAGGGUGUAAAUAAAAGAAGGGGAGGAAUUGGCGAUAUACUCAGUUGCUAGGUCACUUUCCAGCACAAAGGAAAAAGACAGACAUCAUGAACAAAGUCAACAGGGCUUCUAAAAGCAUCCUUCCCCAUGCUCGUAAAGGGCCAAAAUUUCCUCCCUGGCCCCUGAUCUGCUUGUUGGCCUUGCAGCAUCUCCUGGUCCAGGUAUCUUUUCUCUGCAUCUUUCACUUUUUCUUCAUCGCCACCCUCCCCGGCAAGAUGCUGAAUGGUACUCCAUGUUGGAAUGAACUUCUAGCAUGCAACCUUUUUGCCUGUGGCAUAGCCACAGCCUUUCAGUGUGGAUUGGGAACCAGGUUGCCGCUGGUUCAGGCUCCAUCUUUUGAGUUCCUUAUCCCAGCCAUGAUACAGACCCAACAUGUGGCUCCCAUUCUCCAGUCAAAUGGAAAUAGCACUGAGGCCCCUGACAUAUGUUCUGGGCCAGAUUGUGAAAACUCAAGAAACUGGGACCAGUUACUCCAUGAGGUUUCAGGUGCAGUGUUGAUUUCCGCUCUGGUGCAGGUGGCAUUGGGGAUGUCAGGUGCCUGUGGGUGGAUUACCCAUCGCUGUGGACCCAUGGUUCUGGCCCCAAGCCUUUCUGUCAUUGGACUUUCAGCAUACAGACCUGCUGCUCUUCUCUGCUCUGAAAACUGGGGAGUUGCCCUGCUGCUUGUGUUGCUGUGCGUUUUGCUAUCCCAGCACCUGGCUUCCUGCCGACUGCCCGUUUGCCAGUGGAGCCAAGCAAGAGGGCUCACUAUAAAAUCGGGCAGCCCAGCCCUGCACUUUUUUUCGAUUCUGCUGCCCUUCUCUGGGAUCUGGCUUGUCUGUGGGAUGCUGAGACCUGUUCCAACCUCUUGGGAUGUGUUGCAUCCUUCCACACCCCACUUAACCUUCACCAAUAGCACCCUGCAGUCCCCAUGGCUCAAGCUGCCUUACCCAGGAGCACAGGGCUGGCCAGUACUUAGUACCCGUGCCAUUGGCAUUGGUGCUGCUAUGGGUGUUACCGCAAGCGUGAAUUCUGUGGGCUGCUAUCUGCUGUGCAGCAAGUCCUUAUGGGAUCCACCUCCACCACAGCAUUUGUGCAACAGAGGGCUCUGUACUGAGGGCCUUGGCACCCUCCUGGCAGCUGUGCUGGGCAGUGUAUCUGGAACUGCAUCCAGCAUGCCCAAUGCUUGUGCCGGCAGACUGACCCAGGCUCCCUCAUGCCGUGCAGUGUGGAUCAGUGCGUUGGCAAGUGUACUGUUGGGACUGUCUCCUCGGCUCAUGGGAAUUCUUACCACCAUCCCUCUGGCAAUUCAUGGAGGAGUGCUGUGUGUGACAUACAGCAUGGCUGUGGGCACCGGUGUCUCUUACUUCCAGUACACAAACAUUGACUCAGGCAGGAACAUCUUCAUUGUGGGCUUCACUAUGUUCAUGGGUCUGCUGGUUCCGAAGUGGCUCUUCACGGCACCAGGAUCCCUGGCCACAGCUACAGGUUGUGUCCCUGUAGACCUCUUCCUCCUUUCUCUGUUGAUGGUUCCUGCCUUUAUAACUGGAUUCCUAUCCUUUUUCUUAGAGAACACAGUUUCCGGCACCCUGCAAGAGCGUGGGCUGCUCAACUACUCAUCAGCAAGCAAACCAGAGGCCAGAGAGAAUUCCCUGCAGCAAUGCAGAAACGGCUCUGCACAAAGAAAUCAGCUGCCUCUAGUCCUACAAAAGCAUCCAACACCUUCAUGGCGUAAGGGCUUUCCUUUCUGUUUCCUCUGUUCCUUGGGGGACAACAAAGUGGAGAUUGUGAACACUUACCCCCUGGAAGAAUUGCGGCAUUCAGAAGAGCAAACCACAGAUCUGCUGCUGAAACCAGAAACAGUGGUGCUGGAGUCAGAACUGGAGCUGGAGACAGUGCCAAGAACCUAACAUUCCACAAAGGAAUUUGGAGAAUCAUAAAUAUGGCAGACCAACAGCUAAUGAGAUGACCUCUCUAUGCUGAUCUCUAAACAGAAACAUUAUUCAAGGACAGGUACUUGAAAAUCCAUCAGAGGAGUCUGGUUUCAGACAAAUAUGGAAACAAAUCUGGAGACCAUGCAUGCUUCUACAAGUCUAAAAUGUUUUCUGCAGCAUCACCUUUGGGAUUUCUUUUCUAUACCUUUGUGACAACUUGCAUUAAGACUUCCCAUUUAAUGUCACUGCGUGUGGGAAUGAAACUAUCCCAUAGCAGCAUGCAAGAACUAGGCCUGCAUUACUGUAGCAUGCCCCAGGGAAGCUAGAGUAGAGGAUGAACAUAUUUUCUGUACUUCUGCCCUUUUGUUUUUAAAUGUAUCACCAACUCAAUUCCAAGUGAAUAACUUGCCUAACACACUUUAUAAUCCAGGGCUACAGUUUCCUGUUGGGUACUGUAUAUUUCUUAGUUUAAUAAAGUGGGACUCUCCUCCUUUCAUAGGAGGGAGGGAGGGAGCUGUCGUGAAUCCCUCAAGGAGGCUACCAUUCUUUAGCUGA